AUGGAUGACGUGCUUUCUCGAAACGAUCUUCGGGACGAUGAAAAAGCUAAACGAUACUUUCAUUUGCAAAACAGAUACCUGGCUUCUAAAGAAAAAUUAAAUACAAGAACACGACCGGAAGAAAUAAUCAGCACUGUUCCAGACUUAACAUCAAGCACACAAGAUUCUUCGUCAGCAACGAGAUCAUUCUCCACUCCCCUCAACCCGUUUAAUGUAACACCUGAAUUAACACAAGCGGCUAUGUCUCAAAAACCUGACAAAGAAAGCCUCACCCCUCCACCACCCUUACAUCCUGCUUUGCUGACCCCUCCUCCCACAGUAGAAACCGCAUCACAACAAGGCCCGAAGCGCAAAAGGCGUCGGAUUCAAUUUGUAAAUUAUUUGGAUGAUGAUAAAGCUCAUGCCAAACAGCUGAGGAAACGUCGGCAUAAGAAAUUAAAACCUUACAAGUACUCCAUGGGCGAAGAAGAUGAAGAUCAAUUAAUUUCCAUUCCUUACAAAUCGCUGUGUAUUUGACUCUUUUUGUCAUUGUUUUUAAUAAAGUUUUUAAAACGGCAUCUCUCUUGUGGUUAUAUUGCUAGCAAUUAUUAGUCGCGUGUUUUAAUUGAUCCUUGUUAAGUUAUUUUAUAUAAUAAUACAUCAAGGUGCUCCCUUGGGUUUUUCCUGUAGAGCUAAUUUGUAUUCAACUUUGGGCUUGCGAACUCGCAUAAUUAACUGACCAGACGGUGCAUGAAAUUACAAGACUUUAAUAGUUUUUCAUGUCCUCGAGAUAGAACGGAGAAAACGUCAGACAAAAUUUCGAAAAAUUGAAAUAGCAAGUUUUCAGCUCCACUUUGUGUAUAUGUGUUUUGUUUAUAUAUAUAUAUAUAUAUAUAUAUAUAUAUAUAUAUAUGUUGCAUAAAAAAACGGUCCUUGUAAAAAAGCGUCAUUUUUAUGUAAAAAAGCUGCUUUUUUACAAAUUGAGCGGUUGUAAAAAUACUGCUUUUUUACAAAAAUAUAUUUUUGUAAAAAAGCUGCUUUUUUACAAGUUACCUGGUUGUAAAAAUACUGCUUUUUUACAAAAAUAUGUUUUUGUAAAAAAGCAGCUUUUUUAUGUAAGAAAGCUGCUUUUUUACAAAUUAGCCGCUUGUAAAAAUACUGCUUUUUUAUGUAAAAAAGCUGCUUUUUUACAAAAUAUAUUUUUGUAAAAAAGCAGCUUUUUUACGUAGAAAAGCUGCUUUUUUACAAGUUACUUGGUCGUAAAAAUACUGCUUUUUUACAAAAAUAUAUUUUUGUAAAAAAGCAGCUUUUUUAUGUAAAAAAGCUGCUUUUUUACAAAAUAUAUUUUUGUAAAAAAGCUGCUUUUUUAUGUAAAAAAUCUGUUUUGUUACAAAAGGUAUUUUUGUAAGAAAGCUGCCUUUUAUGUAAAAAAUCCUGCUGUUUUACACGUAUAGACCAUUUGACAAACUCAUUUAUCGAAGACAGGCUGUUUUCCAUAGCAUGGUUCGAAAUUUAUUGAACUGUAGUUUUCGUGCGGCUAGUCACGUUCACGUUCCCGUGUCCCCUUUAUUGUGGGGCAUUUAAAUUCCCUUGUUAACUCGCUGACAGCGUUAAAAAUUUACGUUCUUUUUAUUCUUUUUAUUCUUUCUUCUUGUUUCCUUUGUCAUUCAAUUUUCCAGGACCUUCUAAUUGUUGGAUGCGAAGAAGGAACAGGCAGUAAUUUCAUUUGUUAUGCUUAUCGGCUGAGGUCACCCACGGCAGUAACUGCAUGUUAGGCAAUAAUAGAAUAGCUGGGUUAUUCACUGUCUUAUUUAUAAGCAAUGCCUGUCACAAUCUCUUGCAGCAACCAAAGACUUCUAUUCUCUCCUUCAUUGCUACUUUUGUUCAAGCCGAAAACUGUACAGAAUAUUGUUCUGUAUUAUUUAUCUAUUUUCCCAAGGUUAUCAGCUGCAAUGAUCGGUUUAACUGUCAACAAAAUACUUGGCUAUAAUGCUUUGGUGCUCUUAGCAGUGGAUAAAUAAAUUAUAACUCCAUUUCUAGCAUAAAAUCUCCAGCAAGAAUCAACGACAGCAAUUGUUAGGCAAUUUCCUGUAUUAUGUAUGAUGCGCUAAACUUCUAUCACGGGAUUCAUGCUAUGUUGAAAUCCAUGUUGAUGCAUGCAAGAUUGUCAUGUCUGCGUUACAACUUUAAGCUUUCAACAUGAUGUAGGAACAUGUUCAGUCGGCUAAUCAAGCAAAAGGAAACGCUAGCCUAUAGCUACAAGCGUACAUACACUCGCUUGUUAGUCUAAUUUUGCAAUACAGAGAGCAACUUGUGAGGCCAUAAAAACAGCAGACCACAGCAGCCGAUUUGUUUAUAAGUAAUUAGGGACUAUAAAGGCGGUCUGUAACGUACGACAAUGCGUGUUUUAUUUUAGAGAUCGAGAAAUCAGCCAGAAAACACUUGUAAAGGCUAAACAAGUUUAAUAUGAACACUAGCUGAAAUCGCCAGCAACAUUUAGAGUAUGACCGUUUUUUUACAAAAUAUAUUUUUGUAAAAAAGCUGUCCUUUUACAAAUAUAUAUCAGCGUAAAAAAACAGCUUUCUUACGGUACCGUUUUUUUACACAACAUAUAUAUAUAUAUAUAUAUAUAUAUCCGAGCCUUAGAGCUAAAUAAGAAGACAUAAACUAAGUUGAAAUAAAGACUUUUCAACUCCAUUUUGUGUAUGUGUUUUGUUUAUAUAUAUGCGUUUAAACGCUAAAUAAGAUAUAGGAAGCCGUUUCUCGCGUUGCUAGGUGAUCGCUUCUCUUAUUCCUGUUUCUUUUUUAAUAGACGGUCUGAAAACCGAGCUCAAGUUACUUACCGGACAAGUCUAGGCAAGCCUAUUGUAUAA